AUGUCAACCGUGAGACUUCCCACAACAUGCAUGAUCGGAAGUGUACCCCCAAGAAAAGUCGCUAGCCCAAACAGAUCAUGUGUCUUGAUCAAGGGUCCUGGUGCUUUGGGUUCUGUAAGGAAUGUAUCGAAAGCAUUUGGCUUGAAGUCUUCCUCCUUCAAAGUGUCCGCAAUGGCAGUUUACAAAGUGAAACUAAUCACGCCAGAUGGAACCGAGCACGAAAUUGAUGCUCCUGAUGAUACUUACAUCCUUGAUUCAGCUGAAGUUGCAGGAGUGGAGCUCCCAUACUCAUGCAGGGCCGGAGCCUGCUCUACUUGUGCUGGUAUGAUGGUUUCGGGAUCUGUGGACCAAUCAGAUGGUUCAUUCCUCGACGAGAAGCAGAUGGAGAAGGGAUACGUUCUUACAUGCAUCGCAUAUCCAACAUCAGAUUGUGUGAUUCACACACACAAGGAGGAAGAAUUGUAUUGA